UAUGUAUAUUUUUUAAGACAAAUUAGAGAUUGAAAUGUUACAAAUGAAAGUUUAUUAUGAUUUAAAAAUGUCUAAAAGUAUUACAAAACGAUUCUUCUUACCAGUUAACUUAAAUUUAAAGCUUAAAUAUUGUGUUUAAUAGACUAUUUUGGUUUUCUUGAAAGAUGGCGCUGAUGUUAAAAAUUAAAACCGGGUCCGCCAUUGUUACAUUAGGCUGCUUUUAUGGCCGUGCCUGGAAAAUUUUGUGAAAUAAUUCGUGGUGAACGGAUAAAAACAAAGAAUAUAUAUGCAACCUGAUUGAAUCAUGGAUUACUGAAGGUGAGAUCCACAUCUCAAAUUUAACUUCGCUUCAAACAUGUCUGGUGGUCCACCUCAUCAUCCACAUAACCGGCAGGUACCGGGAUCAAAUCUAGGAAACACAGCGUGGAAUCAUUUGCAGGUGCCCAAUUUCUUUCCAAGACAGCCCCAGCUAGCGCAUAUGUCAAAUGAGCAUUCCAUGCUCCACCAACCGACAUGGCACACCCCAACGACGGAAGCCUUAAAAAACUACCCCCAUAGCCACGUCCUCAGUGAAAUGUUCAAAAAUGAAUCCCUAUUUCCAAGAGACUGUGUUGAUCUAAGCCUGACAAGAAAUGGCAAUCAAAACGGUGAAUUGGCUCCUGCUCCAAUCAGUUUGAGUGUUAGAGACACUAACAAAAUAAACAGUUUACUUCCUAGUGCUUUGGACAUACAAGCUGUUGAGCUCACGAAGAGCACCAGUCCCGCUGUACAAUCUAGUCCCAAUAGAAAAUCCAUAAGUCCUGGAUUGAAGUCAAGUCCGAGUAUAAGAUCUGUUCCAUAUCCCAAAACCUCAAGUCCUGCUGCACAGAUAUCAACUGCCUCGAGUCUUUUCUCCGCUGGCUCCAGUUUAUUUUCUACUGCUAGGAAUCUUAAUCAAAAUAUAGUGUCUUCAGGUCAUGUUCCCAAAUCGGCUAGUCCGGGGUUGAAACCCUCUAGCCCAAUCGUCAAGCCAGCUAGUCCUGGCUUGAAACUGUUUCCUACAAACGCGCAAGGAUUAUUUCCCUCUAUCACUCCCGAGGUUGUAAAAACCUCUCAAAAACGGUCUAAUGUUAGGGUAGAUUCUAUAUUAGAAAGGCUCAAUCCCACACCAGAUAGAGUAGUUAAUGUUCAAGAAGACAAACCCAGUAAGUCUCAAGAAACCGAAGCUACUUCUAUCUUUGCGGACAAGCCCGUCAGUGUCAUAGUCCAAACGACGACGAGUGGAUUCGAUGAAAAUAGUAAUUCUAGCAGUAUUAAUAAUGUACCAGUGAUGGCUGUAUCCAAAGACGAGGACACAGUGUCGACAAAUAGCAAUGACGAUAAUAGUGCAGAUAGCACAAAGUCUCGGCGGAAACGGAAGCCCAGUAAAACAAUUCGAGUAUCGAAGGAUGACGAGAGGAUAGAAGAAGUAACAGAAAUGGCGGAAAUUCCCGUUAAAGAAGUAAUACGGGUGGAAGAAAAAGACCCCAUCAGCAUAAUGGGCGAGAUGUUGGAAGACAACAAGAAUACCGACAAGGAAGAAUCUCCCAGUGACUUGGAAGACUUAAUAUCCUCGACCAAACGACGUAAAACUUCUUCAGAAUCAGAAACUAUCGAUGACAUCGCAGCGAUGGUACAAGAGAGUCUAAAGGAAAAGGAGCAGAAGCAGCAAAAGGCCUUAGAUGGUAUCAAACAGGAGCUAGUUCCGGUACUUCCUGCUAAACCUAUAUCCGUUAGUGUUAUAAAAACGAAGGAAAAUCUGGCUGAAGUUUUAUCAGAUACGGGUAAUAUCAAAGCAAAAGAAAAUUUGGCUGCUGUCUUAUCGGAUUCAAGUCACGUCGAGGUGAAAGAAAAUCUGACUGCAUUAUUUUCGGAUAUGAGUCCGAUAAAGUCUAAAGACAAUCUGACUGAUGUGUUAUCAGAUAAAAGCCAAAUAUCAGUCAAAGAAAAUUUGACUGAAGUGUUAUUAGAUACGAAAGAGAUUGAGACGAAAGACGAUCUGACUGAUGUGUUGUUGGAUAGUACUCACGAUUCUAGUACACCUGUUCCAUCCGUAGAUAUUCCUGUUCCACCUCCCCUAGUUACUCCGGCUGAGAAGAAGACCACAACGGAUUUCGUAGAAGUAGAAAAUAAAUUAGAAGAAAUGUUUGCAGGUAUAGAAGACACAAGUGAGCCCGUAAAGACCGCAGCAUUAGAUUUGGAUGACUCAAAGGUGGACGACCCUCUUCUGAAACUAGAUGAUGGAAUAACGCCUAGUUCGGAAAGUGCAGACGAGGCUAACUCUCCUAAAAAGACAAAAACCGAAGACAUUGAUCAGGAAGAUGAUGAAAAAUCUUCAAUAAGUAAAGAAGUAACUUCACAAACAGAAACCGAUGAGCAGAAAACGCCCGUCAAAAAAACGAAACGCAAAGCAGCUCCUAUGGCGAGUCCUGUAGAGAACACGCCCAAGAAGAAGAAAGUUAUAAAAGUCUCGAAGCCCAAAAGUCAGCAGAAGGGCGGUAGUGUUGCCAAGAAACCUCAGAAAGUGAAACCGACGGGGAAACUCGACAUUGCCAAAGACAUUUACGCUUAUGAUUCGGGUAGUAACACUAGUUCCACUAAAUCGAAGGGGCCCUUUAUACAGAUCAAGGGUCCUAGAGAUUCGCCUCUUUCUGUUAACGUUAUUAACUUUGCUACAAAUGAUGAAGAAAGCGAAAGGAAAUUGCCAAAGUCAAAGAAGUUUCACGAUGAUUCCGAAUAUAGGCACAAGGUUCGUUCCAAGGGUCUGCACUCUAGCACGUUGAGCAACAAGUACGACGCCCAGACGAGGGACGCGACGUGGAUCUGCGCCUUCUGCAAACGAGGACCUCACGCGAGCGAACUGGCAGGUCCCACCGUCGAUAGGAAUAUCGAACCACCUGGAGACCUUUUCGGACCUUACUUCAUCACGACGCAGUGUCCGGAAUUCGAGAGGCGGCUGGACGAUCCGUACGAUAGACAAUUCAAAAGUAAAAAGAUCACAAAAGCGUUAGACGAAGCCGCGACAGUAGCUUCCAGAAGCAAGAAAUCCAAGCGGAAACAUUCCGACAGUGACGGCCUAUCGGAAAGCGAGUCCGACAUUUACCUGGGAAUCACCGCCACGGGAAAUAAGACUUACGAGGUUUGGGCGCACGAGGACUGUAUCGUAUGGUCGCACGGCACGUACUUGAUAGGCCCGAAAAUAGUGGGACUCGAAGCAGCAGUGUGGACUUGUUGUAACGUUACGUGUAAAUCGUGUCAUUUGAAGGGAGCCAACAUUUUGUGUUUUAGAAGAGGUUGUCUGAAUGCUGCGCAUAUCAGCUGCGCGCGAAAGAACGCUUGGCAGUUUGUGGAAAGUAAUUUUAAGGCGUACUGUCCCGAUCAUCGGGUUCCAUGACAAAUUGUGGACGAUUAGAGCGGUUAACGAGCGGGAUUUGAUGAUGGAUUGUUGUAGUACAAAGUUUGGUUACAAAUUUAGGAAAAUGUGCUCGAAUGUAGUAAAAUGAGCAACCUGUCUUGGUAGUUUUAAUCGGUAAUAAUUUGUUCUAGAUAGUUUUUAUAGGAACAAUCAACGGAAUUAUAACUUUUGCAAAAAAUGGGAUAUAUUGGGACUUAUAACUCUCCUUAUCACGAAAAAUUCUAACCUAAGUAUGUCCGUAUGAAGAUUUUGUUGUGAUUGAAAUAUAAAUGUAUGCCAAUGUUAUAUUAUGUUUGUCUAGAUUGGUCAGUUGGAAGUGUUGUAGAAAGGGCAUUUUAACGUCUUGCAAGACCGUACUUUUAUACAAAUCAUAAUUUGGCUGGUAUUUUCUGCUGCUAGGCUAUCUGCGUUUAAGAAUACAUUACCACUAAGCCAACCUAUCUUUGCAUAACAUUUUAAAUUCGAAGUAAAUGCUAUAGAUCACAACAGAACAUCAUUUAAAAUAUAUAUCAAAGAAAAAAAAAGUUGUUGUUGCCUUUCGUUUGACCCCUAAAUACGAUUAAAAUGGAGAGAAAAUUCAAAUUAUAGCAGUCGGCCCAAAAUGCGUUCUCAUUGGUCGUGACGUCAAAUCAUUAUAAUGCGAGGUCCGCGCCAUUCAUUCAUUACGUUUGAUAUUCGCUUACUUAUAAUCAUUUUAUGGUGUAUCUCAGUUUUCUAAAUCUUUAGAUAGUUGCUGUGAACUAUAUAGGGUGAGGCAGAUAAAGGGCCUAUUAGAAAUAUCUCCAGAACUAAAGGUAACUGAAUUGUGAAAAUUGGAACAAGGGGGUUUUGAAGACUGAUCUAUUUAAUGAAAAUAUUUUCAUCUACUUGAUACUUCCGGUUAUACCGGAAGUUGCUUAUAACUUCGUUUUUUUUAAUGGGACACCCGGUAUAUUUUUUCAUUUUUUGAUUCUCCUCGAUUUCUUCUUUCUUAAUAUAUAAGGUUUUGUAACAUUAUACAGGGUAGGUUAAAAGAUAA